AUGGACGGAUUUGAGCAGGAGGCUGACAAGGGGUCCAAGCGCCUGUACCUCUGCUGCGGCCCCCAAGGCCAGCAAAAGGCGAAUGCAGCCGUCCUGGUGGGGGCGUUCCAGGUGCUGCUGAUGGGCCGCGCCGCGGAUGCUGCCUACGCGCCCUUGGCGGCGCUGGAGCCCUUCAUGCCAUUCAGGGACGCGUCGUGCGGCGUGCCCUGCUUCAACCUGCAAGUCCAGCCGCGCCGCCGCACCCCUGAUGCCGAGCAGCACUGCCUCCGCGGCCUGGAGAGGGCGGUGGCGGCGGGCUUCCUGGACGCGACCGGCGGGGCGUGGCGUUUCGACGCUGAAGAGUACGAGCAUUAUGAGCUGGUUGAGAAUGGUGACCUUACCUGGAUCGUCCCUGGCAAGCUGGCCGCCUUCAGCGGCCCCGCCGCGUCCCCCAACGCGUACGUCGGUUUCAGGGCGAUGGUGCCCGAGGAUUACGUGGAUUAUUACCACGGCCGCGGGGUGACGGCGGUGGUGCGGCUGAACAAGAAGGUGUACGACCGCUGCCGCUUCACCGACGGCGGGCUGCGGCACCACGAGAUGUACUUCCCUGAUGGCUCCUGCCCCAGCACAGAGCUGCUGCUGCAGUUCCUGCGGGUCGCAGAGCAGGCGAGCCGCCAGGGGAUGAUGUAA